ACAACCGAUAUAUUCUUAAAGUUGCUCGACUCUCAGACUCUCAGACCUGGUGCUAGAGGAUCAAGGUCUCCAGAAAAACUCAUUGUUAACCCCAAGUAGCUCUGCCAGUCAAUGAUUAAUGAGCAACCGCUCGGAACUUCUUAGCAUUGCCCCGCGCACUUACAUCAUGAGAAACUCUAAAAUGCCCCUCAUUACUCUUCAUUUCCAAAAAGAACUGUACUACUGCAAAUUUGAACUUUUGGCCAGAUUUAAUUUGAUGAUCUAAAUUAUGCCUGCAAGCCUGGAAAGGGGUUCUUUAGAUCCUGAGCUUCAUAGCUAGUUCAUUUGAAUUGUUGAGAAUUCUUUCUUUGCAAAAGUCGCAAGCAUUAAACUUCACUGUUUUAGGUACUCAUCGACUCUCGAUUGAAAGAUAUCCAAUAAUUGAAAAUCUACACUGCGUCGAAUCAACCACCAUACAUCUGCCUUGUUUAUUGAACCUGAUUCUAGGAGCCGAAACGGUUGGAAAUCGAACUUUUAAGGUUGCGAUUCUUCACAACGAAGAUAACUACAACAAACUCCAUUGUGUGGAGAUAAUGGCGAUGACAACUCAGUGCGGAUCGGGACAUUCUCUUGGUGUCGUACAUGUGGGGGGGGACACGAGACACAACAAUAAUGAAGAUACAAUAAGCACAGAUUUGGUUCUGGCAGAGCUUGGGGCGGUUGAUUUGCUCCGGCAAGACAGCAGGCCCUCAUUCAUUGUUGAUAUGUCGAUGGAAAACGAGAUUUGCGGACUUCGCGUAGUCUUCACGAACGAUGCCUUCCAGACUUACACCAAAUUCAAAAACAUUGAUUCAUGGCUUUCAGGCAACUUGAGUCAGGGUGGAAAUGCAUUUGUCAAAUGGAUACAUACUCGACCCAGCAAGGCAGUUAAUCAAUAUUGGUUCCGGCACCAAAGAUGGUCUAAAGUUCUAUUAGGAGAUCGAUGGUGUGUGGUUUCUGGACAUGAGAUGGCAUUCUCGAAGUCAGUACAAGAAGAUACCAACGCCAUUCAUUGCAAUCAACUUCAAUCAAGAACUCCACAAGGGAUGCUUUCUCCAAUUAAAAAAUGGAAUCAGAAUUCUUACCUUCAUUCGGAAACCCACUAUUCCAUUAUGAGGUCACCCGGCUCCCAUAACUCAGCUGUAGCUGCUCACGCAUAUUUUACACCCUCUCUAUCCUUUGAGACGCCGUUCGCCAAGUUCUUCUGUAGUAAAGAUUGGUCUUCUACAGCCGUAGAGGCCAUCUCGGAACAGCUCUUGGAUAUGACGAGUCUAAUCUCCAAUUUCAGCCAAUUAUCUCCUAUAGCCAUGUUUAUUAUGGAUGCAAAAGACGGAAGCUUAUUAUUCGCGAAUGAGGCCUGGACAAGAAUCACAGGUGGAACAAUAGAUGAGCAUUCAAAUCUAAGAUGGCUCGACUGUUUGAUUGAUGAAGAUAGAGAAUUUGUCGCGGAACAAUGGUACACCCUUCUAAACAAAAAAUGCCCAGUUCACUUUCAAGGAAGGUGCAAAACACUCUGGAGACCCAAAGUCCCAGAUCCUUCCUUAUUUGGAGAGAAUGAAGUUUACUACACGUGGGGCGAGUGUAGUGCGGUCCCGCGACUCAACGCCAACGGGGAGGUGGAGCAUGUUGUUGGCUGUCUUAGUGAUGUUACACAUAUUAAAUGGGCUACUCAAAUGCAGGAAAGAAGGUUAAGUGAUGCAGUAAAGGAGAAGAAGGAACGAGAAGAAUUCAUGAACAUGACAAGUCAUGAGCUGAUGAACCCACUUUCGGCCGCCGUCCAAGCAGCACACACCAUGAUCUCUAGUCUUGAUGAGAUCAAUAAAGCUCUUUCUCAUACUCAUGACAACGUCCUUCAUGACGACAAUUCAAAAAGUUAUGGGGAGAUUAAGACGAGUGUAAGGCGCAAUAUCGAAAUCGCGAAAAUCAUUCUAGCUUGUGGAGAACAUCAGCAAAAAUUGGUGGAGGACGCUCGUAUGAUGUCUAAACUGGAUAUCAAUCUGUUUUUAAUUUCACCAACUCGAACGGAACCAAUUCGUGUUGUCGAUACAGCUAUGUCUAUGCUCUCUGGAGAAACAUCGAAGUUAGAUAUUAGUAUCCGACUCGAGGUGGACCCCUCCAUGGAAGCUUUAAGUUCGCAAUGGCUUUGCUUCGAUCCUUCAAGAUUUCUACAACUACUCCUCAAUCUCCUCACGAAUGCCAACCAAUACGCAAAAUCAUCCAAAACGCGAAAUGUAGUAGUGCGUCUUGGAGCCACAACUGGAUCCCCUUACCACAAAGAGAUGGGGCGAGAGAUACAAUACAUACCUCUUCGCACAGCACGAAGUGAUCCGACUUUGAAAGACGCUUCGGGAACAGGAGAGAUAGUAUACCUUCAUUGCUCAAUCACAGACACUGGCAAAGGAUUGAGUGAAACGGAGAGACAGACACUCUUCAAGAAAUUCUCUCAAACACAUUUAAGCACGCACACGAAGUAUGGCGAUUCUGGUCUGGGAUUGUUCAUCUGUCGGGAGCUUGCGGAGUUGCAGGGAGGUGCAAUUGGUAUUGGAUAUGCGGAUUCUCAAGCAACGGGUAGCACUUUCGCUUUUUAUAUCAAGACAAGGCGAUCUGAAUACAAACCAGCGGAACUACCGCAGGAAACGUCGACGGGAUCGUCUCAAUUGGAGGAUCAAUCUUCAAUGGGCGACUUCGAUGUCGGAUCUGAUACUGAUGUUAUUUCGAUGUCUGAGCUGGAAUUUUCAGAGCCCGAGAUGACUGAUUCCGAGGCUCUUAAGUGUCGGAUCAACGGACAUAUUCAUAGUACUAGCUUUCCCUAGUUUCAACGAUAUCAAGGAUUACAAUAAUGUAUCUAAGAUUUCAGUACUUACAAAUUCAGUCACUAAAUUGAUACCGGCAUUAACAUUUGUAUGGAUUGUGGUAAAGAAACAGAAGUUGAUCAGGAGAACUUGGAUGGAGUUGUGAGGUUGAAUGCUCAAGGGGCAGAAUUUGAGUCAAAAUUUCGAGUCAAAACCCCGAACCAGGAGAAAGUACUGGGCAAGGGCCAAGGCAGCCACAUGAUAUGAAAUUGUGAAUCUGUUUCUGAGGAAGUAUGGAGUUCGAGACUUGAUAUCUAAAAGCGGAUUUUGGUCGUUGGAAUGUCUUGUAGGGGAAUGUCUGGUAGUGUAUGCAAUUGGAUGAACGAACUAGCAGUUGCAAGAUGGAGAAGAAUGAUAAAAUAUGCAAUCAUCACUUACCAUAAGACUUUUUGAGUAACGCCUGUCUACAUUAAUAUAAAUGUACCGAAAAGUAACAAUCAAUUACAUCAAGAGUUUCUUAGGAAUAUCACACAACGCCGUCUCAAGUUUUCGAAUAGAUAUCGGAUAGUAUUCGAAUAUCGACUCAUCCACUCAAGUUUACGAAGUAAAGAGCACAUGA